AUGGCGGCCCAGCCCCCGCUCGGACCUCGGAAGCGGAGCGGUCCGGCGCUGUGCGGGACGGGCUGGGCUGGGGCCGCCUCUGGCUGCAGCGGGGCCCUGGCGAACGGCUUCCCGCCCAUCAAGCGCCCCAAGAGCUCGGGGGCGACCGAGCCUGGCGAGGGGCCCGGGGAUCCCUUCGGGGACGGAGACGACUUCACGGCGGACGACCUGGAGGAGAUCGAUAUCCUGGCCUCGCAGGCGCUGUCACAGGAGGCUGCGGGCGGCGUCGUGCCCCGGACCGGACCCCCGGGACGGGCGUGGGACCCCAGCAGCUCCGAACGCGGGGAGGCUGCGGGGAGGCCCCCGGGCAGCACCCCAGCCCCGGCAGGGAGGAGGAAAGGAAUGGCUCCCGGUGAUCAGCCCUGGCGAUUGGCCUCUGCCGGCGCUGUGCCAGGAAGCAGCACAGCAGAUAGCCUAAUAAGAGAUGCCUUCCAGUUUGAAGUGCUGCAAACACAGCAUGAGGAAAUUAAACAGAAGCUGAAAGAAAUGCAGGAUGAAAUUCUCACAAAAAAUGGAGAAAUUAAAGUUUUGCGUGACUCAAUGCAGCAGAUGGAGUUUGCUAUGGAGGAACAGAAAAGAUCAUACGUGCUGCUGGAACAGCAGAAAUCUCAAACCCUCAGUGAAAAAGAAAAAGAAUUCUCCAAAAAGUUGCUGUCAUUACAGUCAGAGCUGCAGUUCAAAGAUGCAGAGAUGAAUGAAUUAAGAGCACGACUUCAGAACUGUGAAAGAAAUAAACAUGGUACUCAGACGGUUUUAAUGUCAAGCCCUAAAAAGAAUUCUGUAAUACAAGUGAAAUCAGAAGUAUGUUCUCCACAGCCUGGAAAAAGAUCUUUUCCUACAAAGGAGUCCUUCAGUGCUGAGAUGUCUGCCAGACCAUCAUGUGCAGGAAAUCUGAUUACCCCAAUUACUUCAAUCAAAGAAGACAGCAAGAUGACCCAUCCUGAAAUUUUAGCCCUGAAGCACAAAGAAAUGGCCAAAAACGGUUCCUACAGCUCUUCACAUAAACGAAACACACAAGGUUCAAUCUUACUAAAUGCAUUGAUGAAGCAGCCCAUUGUCCCUGGGUCAUCACUGGGACUCUGCCAUCUUCUUAGCAGUAACUCUGAGUCUCUACCUGGAGCUGUGCUGCAGCCAAACUAUGUGGAUAUGAAGUCUACACAACUACCUAUCAGCAGGACAACUCAAGAAGAAAUGGGUCCUCUUGUAUCCCUGCGAGAAGCUCAAAAGCUUGCAGUAACAGGCUUGAACUUGAUUGCUCUGGAUGAAGGAUUACCUGAAGAGAGCCUGACAGGAAUCCAGAGGGAGUCCUCACCCCUCACACACUGCAAGAUCCGAGGUGCUGUGUACCUCUUGCCCUUGGUAGAGCACCACCUUGGUGCAUACUGUCAAGCAGUGCAACUGGCAGACAAAUCCAUAAAUUCUGCUUGUGGAAACCACUCAUCCAUUUCUUCCAGGACCAACACAAAUAUGGUGUCAAGUAAGGAGGACUUUAGGUUGUCUCUUGAAGAAACUACAGUUAUAUCACUGGGUAUUCUUUAUUAUUUGGUGUUUUAUAGCUGGGACAUUGUCCACACAUUGCUAUCUACUGAAGUGGAAAAAAGUUCUACUGAUGGAGUUGAACAGUUUUCCAAGAUGGACCACAAUGUGUUGUGUGAUAAUAAGUGUGGUAAUAAAGAAGAUACCAGGACACAAGGAGGGCUGCCUGUAGCUCCACAGGAUGCUAACAACGAUCAAGCUCAACAUUCUUUGUUUAAAAAGCUGCUUCAGGUUUUAGCUUUUUCUGCUACAAGAGGCUCCCAGGCUGAUAGCAUACUGAACCAAAGCCUAAAAGCUUUGGUGAAAUUAGCUGAAAAUUCAACAAUCGACUUGCUAAUAAAUUUUCAGCACUUACUGAGUGGCCAGGUACUGCUCCACUGUCUGUGUCCAGAGACCCCUUUGCCUGCUGUCCUUUUGGCUGUGAGACUGGUGUCUCUUCUUGCUCAACACCACAUGUUGGCUGCUCAACUUUGUUCUCAUUCAGACACCUGCCUCCUCCUUGCACUGUACAUGUAUAUUACAUCAAGACCAGAUAAAUCAGCAUCUGAAAGGCUUUGGCUUCAACUGGAACAAGAGACAGUGAGGCUCCUGACAAGGUGCAUGCAGUGUCCCAGCCCAGUGGCUUUACUGCCUGGUACAGAUUGCCAGUGUAACCUCGAGGUGGUUAAAGCACUAAUUAUAAUGUUACAUAGACAGUGGAUGAAGAUGAGAAGAUCUGAGAACAGCCUGUGUGCAUAUAAGGAGCAAAUAAUUCAGUUUUUAAGAGACACUGUUUUACUCUUGCACAGCCUAUCUCAGAAAGAUAAACUGUUUCAUGAACACUGUUUGGAAGUUCUCCAUCAAUAUGACCAAGCCAUGCCGGGCGUAAGAGCCAUUCUCAAAAAGACUCAAAAACUGAGUGCUUGUGAAGAGCUGAUUUUGGAUGAACUGUAUCCUCCUGAGCCAGAAGCAGAAGACCAAGGAAUGGAUUCCAGCUAGCUAUCACCUAGCAAAGAUCUCUGUCCUUCCUUAUCUGUAUCAGAAAAAUCACUGCCACUAUAAAUCUGAAAUUUAAAUAAUCUAUUUUAUUAAGUGAUAAUCUAAAGAUCAUACUCAAAUGUAGCAGAACUGACACAUUUCUUUGUUGUGAUUAUUGUAUUUAAGCACCAUCUAAAUGUAGCCAAAAGCCAAGAGAUGCUGAUGUAAGAAUUACACUGUAAUUUACUGUUUUGCUGUGCAAAACCACUCAUUGGCUUGUGACUGUUUCUGUUUAUGGAUUCCAUCCUUUGUGACAUUGCUGUGAAUGGAAAUUUCACUAUUGUGUUCUCCAUUUUACUGUGACUGCAGCUGAAUUUAAGAUGCUGAAUGUGCUGAGGUAUUUGGGAUCACUGAGUUCAUAUGAAAGUCUUUUGAACAUCCUUGUUCCUUUCGCUUGGCUUCUGAAUUUUCAUGUUGAUAUUAGUAAACAGUUUACUGUGAUUUAAAAA